AUGAAAAUGAAAUUGGGGUGUGCACUUCCAAUGACGUGCAUGAUUUUGGCAUGCUAUAUUAUUUGUGGGAGCCUUCUAAUGAGUCAUUGCCAUGGUGUUAUAAAAGAAGCAAAGACAUUAAAAAGUAAUGAAGAUCUUGAAAUAGAGCACAAACUUAAGCUUAUCAACAAACCUGCAUUUAAAAUCGUAAAGACUAUUAAUGGUGAACGAUAUGGGUGUGUGGAUUUCUACAAACAACCAGGACUUGACCACUCAUCCAUGAAGAACCACACAUUUCACCAUAAGAUGCGUAUGUCAUACUCUGAAGGAUCAAAAAUGAAAAGAAAGACACAUAGAAACACAACAUUUGGCCACUUUUGGGAGAAUGGCGUAGGUUGUCCCAUUGGUACCGUUCCUAUACCUCGAGUCACUAAAGACGCUCUUUUGAGAAUGAAAUCCUUCGAUAGCGAUAAUUCUAAUCCGCAAAGUUCGUGGAGCAAAACCUAUAAACCUGCAUCUUCUAUUGACGAUCAUCAUUUUGCUGUGGUGCGAACUACUAAAGGAACUAGGAGUUACAAUGGUGCAUCUAUGAAUAUUAAUACAUUCACUCCUUCAGUUGGACCUAUGCAAUUCAGCGCUUCUCGGAUGCAUUUUCAAAUUGGAAAUGAAUUCAUCCAAGUUGGUUGGAUCGUACACCCACAAUUAUACCAUGACUUCAACUCUCGGAUAUUCGUAUUUACAAAAUCGGGAGGAAAUGCGUGUUAUAAUCUCUUCUGUCCUGACGGAUCCGGAAUGAUACUAGUUCGUCAAGACUUAACUCCUGGUCUACUUGCCGAGCAAAAAAGUAUUGACUUCGCCAUAAUGAAGGACAAAAUCAACGGGAAUUGGUGGUUGUUGAUGGGUACAUCUUGGGAAGAAGUUGGGUUUUGGCCAUCAAGCAGAUUCAAAGAAAGUUCUGGUACAAUGGUCGAAUGGGGUGGUGAAGUCUAUAGCCCUUCGCCUCCAAAUCCUCCAAUGGGGAAUAGUCAUUAUCCGAAGGGGAGCCCCAAAGUAGACUCAUAUGUCCGUUUAAUUACGACUGUGGACGAAAAUUAUAAUACUGACAAAACAGUGAAAAACACAGAGAGGUAUUCAGACAGUUGUUAUAAAGUGAGAGAUGCAACGGAGACGUUUUGGAGCCAUGUCGGUCAUCUUAUUAUAUAUGGAGGCCCUGGGUGUAAAUAA